GACAGUCUCUUUAUUUCUUUGCUUGUUCCUCAAGUUAGAAUCAAGAAAGCAUGAAAGAAAUGGAAAUUUAGUGGGAUUUUCUUCAAGAUUAGGGUUUGAAAUGGAGAAGAAAGGAAGAGCAGAUGAUAUUGUUCUUCAAAUCUCAACCGGUUCUCCUCAAAAUGAUCGGAAUCUUGAACUAUCACCGUUAAGAAAUCAAAACUUGAGAAUCCAAACAUCAAAUCCUGCUUCUUCUUCAAAGCCGCAAACCCCAGUUUCAACUCCAACUCACAACAAGCCACCGAGAAUUCCUACUGAAUCUGUUGCAAGAAGAAAAUCUUUUGCUCGGUCUGAAUUUUCUAAGCCGAAAUCAAGAUUCAUAGAGCCGUCGUAUGCAAAUGAUCAUGCAGAGUUAAAAGAAGAAAAGUAUAGAUUAUAUAAUAAUUCAACUUCUCCUUACAGAAAAUCACCAAAUGUUGCUUCACCAAGUCAUAGAAUUAGUACAUCAACCCCAAAAAGUCACUUGAAAUCGGGUCCAGUUACUCCGAAAACGCCAUUGAUUGGAUCUCCAGGAAUAGAGGAGGACGAAGAAGAUGAGGAGGUUUACAAGACUGCAAGUCUUAAAGUGGCUAAAAAAUUUGGUAAGAAAUGGAAAAUAUUGCACUUGUUUGAAUUUACCAUAUUUAUUUGCUUUCUGGGGCUGUUAAUUGCAAGUUUGACUGUUGAAAAAUUGGUGAAUGUUUCAAUUUGGAGCUUGCAAAUAUGGAAAUGGUGCGUGUUAAUUUUAGUAAUCUUUUGUGGUAGAUUGGUGAUAGAGUGGUUUAUAAAUACUUUGGUUCUGUUGAUUGAAAUGAAUUUUUUGCUUAAGAAGAAAGUUCUUUACUUCGUAUACGGAUUGAAAAAGAGUGUUCAAGCUGUAGUUUGGCUGGGUUUAGUUCUUCUAGCUUGGGGUUUAUUGUUUGAUCGCGGAGUUAAACGAUCCGAAUUCACUUCCGACGUUCUAAAUUACAUUACUCGAACUCUAGCUUCUUGUCUGAUUGGAUCUGCAAUAUGGCUGAUAAAAACUUUGUUAAUCAAAUUACUAGCUUCUUCUUUUCAUGUCAAUAGAUUCUUUGACAGAAUUCAAGAAUCAAUCUUUCAUCAGUAUGUUCUUAAAACGCUUUCGGGGCCUCCUCUAAUGGAAAUGGCCGAGAGAGUAGGCGCCAGUAAAACAAUGCCGGGGCAGUUGAGUUUUAAUAAUGUAAAGAAUCAAAGUGAAGAGAAGAAUAAAGAGGAGGUGAUUGAUGUUGAUAAGCUUAAGAGAAUGAAACAUGGGAAGAUUUCUGCUUGGACUAUGAGAGGGUUGAUUGAUGUGAUCACCGGAACGGGAUUGUCCACGCUCUCCAACGCGCUUGAUCAGAGCGACGACGAGGAGAGUGAGCAGAAGCAGGGUGAAGAGAUUACAAGUGAGUGGGAAGCAAAAGCUGCUGCCUAUAAGAUUUUCAGAAAUGUUGCCAAGCCUGGAUGCAAGUACAUUGAUGAAGAUGAUCUCUUGCGGUUCAUGAAAAAGGAGGAGGUGAACAAUGUUAUCCCUCUGUUUGAAGGAGCAACAGAAACUAGAAAGAUUAAGAGAUCAGCUCUCAAAAAUUGGCUGGUGAAUGUUUACAAUGAACGCAAGGCAUUGGCUCAUUCUUUAAAUGAUACUAAAACAGCCAUUCAGGAAUUAAAUAAGCUGGUUUCAGCAAUUGUUGUAGUUAUAAUGAUAAUUGUGUGGUUAAUUAUGCUGAGAGUUUUAACAACAAAAAUUCUCGUCUUCAUUUCAUCUCAAUUCUUACUGGUUGCAUUCAUGUUCAGUAACACGGCAAAAACAGUAUUUGAAGCCAUCAUAUUCGUGUUUGUGAUGCAUCCAUUUGAUGUUGGUGAUCGCUGUGUCAUUGACGGAGUUCAAAUGAUUGUUGAAGAGAUGAACAUUUUAACAACAGUCUUUCUGAGAUAUGAUAACGAGAAGAUAUUCUAUCCGAAUUCAGUUUUAGCUACGAAACCCAUCAGCAACUUCUACCGGAGCCCCGAAAUGAGUGAUUCUAUAGAGUUUGCUGUUGAUGUUUCCACUUCAAUUGAUACUAUUGGAGCUCUUAAAUCUAAGAUAAAAGGGUACUUGGAGAGUAAACCUCAGCACUGGCGUCCUAACUUCAGUUUUCAGGUUAAGGAGAUAGAAAAUGUGAACAAAAUGAGAAUAGCUCUCUAUGUUAAUCACACCAUAAACUUCCAGAUUGCUACAGAUAGGGGCAACCGAAGAUCUGAUCUGGUUUUAGAGUUGAAAAAAUAUUUUGAAGAGCUCGGCAUAAAAUAUCAUCUUCUUCCUCAAGAAGUUCGUGUUACUUCUACGGGUUCAGCCGUUCCACCUCUUGCAAGAUGACAGUUAGUCUUACAGAAACUACUGCUGUCUGCUGCAUGCAUUUCCAUUAUGCUUGUCAAACACUUGGUUUCUGGUAUUGUAAAACAGGUUUUAAAGCAUAGAUAUAGUGAAUGUUGCUAUACUAGGAAGAUGGAAAUCAUACAUAGAAUUUGGAUAGGUAUAUGUUAGGACUAUCCUGAAAGGGGUGGCAAAAGCAAAACAUGGAUUUUGUUGUUUAUUUUGGAGCCAAUAAAAAUUGAAAAAUUAAAGUGGGUAAUCUUUUGGAUAA